AUGCGUGUCUCAACCCUUGUCUUCGCCGCCGUUAUGUCCAUGGUCUCCGCCAAAAAGAUCAACAUGCACUGUAAUUUUGCGGAUGACCAUACCGGCAUGGUUCAACAACCCUACUGCUGCCGUGACCUGGUUCCUGCGCGCGGAAACUCGAAGGCGAAUGAGGCAAUGGACUGCGAUCAGCUUUCUCAGCCGCAGCUAUGCGAGGAUCAGUCGCGGCCCGCCUGCUGUUACACCAUUGGUCCCAAGAAGAUCUGUACCUCCCACGCUAUCUUCAUGGAUGCGGAUGAUGUUUAA